GCACACACACACACACACACACACACACACACACACACUUAACUACAAACUACAAGGGUAAAAGAGAUAAAGGGAGUGGGAGAAGGAGAGAGGACCAUUAGCACUACUGACCGUUGACCAGAAUGGACAUAUCCGUGAGAAUGCUAAAUCUCUUGGCUCUAGUCGUUUGCCUUUAUGUCGGAGCGUCCUCCUCCACCAACGCAGUGGGCUACUGCGGAGGCAUCGUGAGCAUCAGGUGCGAGUAUGAGUCCAGGUACGGCAGCCGGCCCAAGUACUUCUGCCGGGGAGAGCAGGGCGACUGCACCGAGCUGAUACGCACCAGCACGAAGAACAAGUGGUUCACCAAGGGCCGGUACUCGUUGCUCGACGACGGGACCCAUUACUUCGUCGUGAGCAUCUCCGGGCUGGCGGUGACGGACACGGGAAGGUACCAGUGUGGGGUGAGCGUGCGAGGAGAGGAGGCUCCGGUGCAGUCGGAGGUCAACCUGGAGGUCAAGGAUGACCUCUUCACCUGCGGGAGGACCCUGAUGAAGACGGCGUACACGGGGGACGCCGUGAACGUCACCUGCCGAUACCUGGACGCCCACCUGCAUGCCGCCAAGUACCUGUGCAAAGCCUUCCGGAACCAGGGCUGCGACUCCCGGGUGUCGGCGCGCGAGGACCGCACCUGGGUCCGGGGGGGGCGGAUCUCCGUGUACGACGACCGGAAGGCGCGGGUCUUCACCGCCGUGCUGGGAGCGCUCGGAACGCUGGAUCGCGGGAACUACUGGUGUGCUGUGGAGACGGGCUGGGAGCAUGGAGGAGAGGACGGAGGAGAGGACGGAUACAAGGCCCUCAUCCAGAGAGUCCAGCUCACCGUGUCUGAUACACGGCCCACAUCUGUAAUAACCCCACAGCCAACCACACCACUACAUACCACUGGGACCAGAGGGCUCACGACAAACCCAGUAAAACUCCUCACCACAAGUACAAAUCCAUCUGCCAUUGAGGCUGAAGAUACACGGCCCACAUCUGUAAUAACCCCACAGCCAACAACACCACUAGAUACCACUGAGACCACAGUACGAAGUUCAUUCAUGCCAGACCAGGUUUGGUUCUCCACUCCUGUCCCCAUCAUAGAGAGUUCCUCGGGCCUGUGGCGUAUAAUAAUCUAUGGAAUUGCGGCUUUGUUUGUCCUGGUUAUCCUGUCAUCAUUACUUCUACUUGUCAUCACUCGUUCAAAGAGGGCCAAAGCAGCAGAUGUGCCUCCCUAUCUUGUGUCCAUGGAUGCGCUCUGGGAAUCCCCUCUGAUGGCCAACGAUCUGGAAUACCACACGAGUCCUUUAGAAUCAGAUCCACCUGAGCCGACUCCCACUGAAACCAAUUCAUUUCAACCAACUGCAAAUGAGCCAGAUCCUUCUCAACCUUCUCAAAUCCAUUUCAACCAAGUCCACCAGGAUCAAAAUCUUCUGAACUGACUCCAAAUGAACCAAAUCCAUCUGACCCCAAAUCUGCUGAUUAGGAACUGCGUAUCCAUUGACCUCUGAAGAUAACGACUCCAACAAUACCAAAUCUAUCUGAACCAACUCCAACUGAAUCAUAAAUCAUCCCAUUUGACAAGAGCCAAAAAUGUAUCUGCACAGAAUGACAUGUCUAUCUCUGGUCAAACUUCAGCAUCAUGAGCAAAGCUGCCAUUUAACCUACAGGCAGUUGUAAAUUAGUAGUAGAAUUAGCGUUGUAUUUUUUGCCUGUCUGUAUGUCACCAAAACAUCAUCCAUCCAGAUGUCACUGUAACCAUAGCAACCCUUCCAUAAAUGCCAUGCCACAACUGCAGUGCGUUGGGAGAGAGAAAGGAAGAACACAUAGGCUACUACUGGCCAAUCCUCUCCAAUUGUUUAGAAUUGGACUCUGGGCGUUUGGGAACAGCUGAGGGAGGAGGCUACUUGAAACUGAGAGUUUCAGUCGGUGUGAGCGAGCGGACUUUCAGUUGACAGUAAUUAACACCCUUUUGAACAAUCUAAGCUGUGCUAACGUCAGAGGGCGGUCUACGCUGAUUCAUCAUUAGCGAGACACGAGGACAGCUGCAUGCAAUUCCUGUCAGCAUAAAAAUAGAGGCUGUUGCUGAAGCGUCAGCAUAAGCGUCAGCCCUCGUGUAAGACGGACGCGGUCAAGACGAGCAAGUUUACCUGUGCAAGUUCACCGAGCACAGGCGCCGAAAAAGGCAAAAAAUGUGCCAUUCCACCAUAUCUGUUAUCACCGGCCAUCACAGAAAACGGCAUCAUGCCAAAAGGAGCAGAAAUCUGCUUAACCUCCAGCAACUUAAACGGUCCUCACCUACAGAAACCUACUUCUCCAUGGGCUUGUGGAACUGCCAAUCUGCAGUCAACA